GCAGGCCACCAUGUUCCACUGCAGCGCACGGUGCUGUGAGGACAGAGCAGCCUCCAUGCAGCAGGUGCAGCGUUGCAUUGAGCGCUGCCAUGCACCCCUGGCCCAGGCCCAGGCCAUCGUCACCGGCGAGCUGGAACGCUUCCAGGACCGCCUGAGCCGCUGCACGCUGCACUGCUCUGACAGAGCCAAGGAUGCCCUGGAGGCGGGCGGUGGGGAGACAAGGGCACGAUCCCAGCUCGAUGCCUGUGUGGCUGCCUGUGGGGACGAGCACCUGCGCCUGGUGCCCGGCAUGGCAAAGAGGAUGCGGGAUGGGUUGGCAGCCCUACAGCACUAAUGGGUGCUGUUGGGGUGGGGCUGGUGGUAUUAAAGGCAAGGAGCUGCA